AUGAACUUGCCAAGAGCUGAGCGCCUUCGCUCCACACCGCAGCGCAGCCUCCGGGACUCCGAUGGGGAAGACGGUAAAAUCGAUGUCCUGGGAGAGGAGGAAGAUGAAGACGAGGAGGAAGACGAGGAGAAGGAGGCGAGCCAGCAGUUCCUAGAGCAGUCGCUCCAGCCGUGGCUGCAAGUGGCCCGGUGGGGCGGGGUUGCGCUUCCCCGAGAGCACAUCGAGGGCGGCGGCGGCCCGAGCGACCCCUCAGAGUUUGGCACCAAGUUCAGGGCACCGCCAAGGUCUGCGGCGGCCUCUGAAGAUGCCCGGCAGCCGGCAAAGCCCCCCUACUCGUACAUCGCGCUCAUCACCAUGGCCAUCCUGCGAAGCCCGCACAAGCGCCUCACGCUCAGCGGCAUCUGCGCCUUCAUUAGUGGCCGCUUCCCCUACUACCGCCGCAAGUUCCCCGCCUGGCAGAACAGCAUCCGCCACAACCUCUCGCUGAACGACUGCUUCGUCAAGAUCCCCCGCGAGCCGGGCCACCCAGGCAAGGGCAACUACUGGAGCCUGGACCCGGCCUCCCAGGACAUGUUCGACAAUGGCAGCUUUCUCCGGCGUAGGAAGCGUUUCAAGCGCCACCAACUAACCCCGGGAGCCCACCUGCCCCACCCCUUCCCUCUACCUGCUGCACACGCCGCCCUGCACAACCCCCACCCAGGCCCUCUGCUUGGGGCCCCUGCCCCGCCGCAGCCAGUCCCGGGGGCCUACCCCAACACCGCCCCCGGGAGACGCCCGUACGCUCUACUGCACCCGCAUCCUCUUCGCUACCUACUGCUCUCGGCCCCCGCCUAUGCCGGGGCACCGAAGAAAGCAGAAGGCGCGGACCUGGCGACCGCCGGCACCCUUCCCGUGCUGCAGCCCUCACUUGGUCCUCAGCCUUGGGAGGAGGGCAAGGGUCUGGCUUCGCCACCGGGAGGCGGAUGCAUCUCUUUCAGCAUUGAGAGUAUUAUGCAAGGGGUCAGGGGAGCGGGUACAGGGGCUGCGCAGAGUUUGUCCCCGACCGCGUGGAGCUACUGCCACCUGCUCCAGCGACCAUCAGGCCUUGUCCGCCGCCGCCGCUGCUCGGACAAUUUUGCAGCAAUAGCAGCAGCAUCAGGAGGAGGACUGCGCCAAUGGCUGCGCUCCCACCGAGGGCGCGGUGCUGGGCGGGCACCUGUCGGCCGCGUCGGCGCUGCUGAGGUAUCAGGCAGUGGCAGAGGGCUCUAG